AGUCGCCCUCAACUGCAGGAAUGUGCUCCCUCCCCAUGGCAAGAUACUACAUAAUUAAGGAUGCAGAUCAGAAGGCUCUAUACUUAAGAGGUGACCAGCUCCUGGUAGGAGAUCCCAGUGUGGACAACUGCUGUGCAGAGAAGAUCUGCAUACUUCUCAACAGAGGCCUGGACCGCACCAAAGUCCCCAUCUUCCUGGGGAUCCAGGGAGGCAGUCGCUGCCUAGCCUGUGUGGAGACAGGAGAGGGGCCUACCCUGCAGCUGGAGGAUGUGAACAUCGAGGAUCUGUACAAGGGUGGUGAAGAAGCCACACGCUUCACCUUCUUCCAGAGAAGCUCAGGCUCAGCCUUCAGGCUUGAGGCCGCGGCCUGGCCUGGCUGGUUUCUCUGUGGUCCAGCUGAGUCCCAGCAGCCAAUACGAAUUGUCAAGGAGAGUGAGCCUUUGGCCCACAUUGAAUUCUACUUUGAACAGAGUCGGUAGGGAGGCAGGAGGCUGAGCUCCAGCCUGGUGCCC